UAGCUCUGGCAAGUCAAGAGAUAUUGGAUUCUAAAAGGACAAGUAUCUCAGUUCUUAUUCAGAGUCUUUAUAAAUAUUGAUUGAGGUUUGGGGCUUUGACAGUGACAAACUAAUACAGAUCACAUCAUUUGCACAGCCUUUUUCAGAUAGGAUUUGCCAAGUAAGUCAGUGUGUGAAAAUACCAUUUUCUGUCAUCUGUAUUCUUUUUGCCUAGCCAAGAAGUGUUACAAUAUAUUUUUUGAGGAGUCACACUGAAAAAAAAACUUAUUCACGUUUUAUUGUAUGUGAGUGUUGCGUAUGUGCAUCUCUAAUCUUGAAAACUUAUAGGUUUGUUAGCCGAGGCAAUUAAAUGCAAAGUGCUGUGCUUGAUGGGCUGCAUGCAAGACUACACAAGUUACAAGUUUUGGAUCCUGAUGUCAUUAUGGUGUAGAUGUGCGUUAGUGCUAUCCUUUCUACGGCAUUUUUUGCUAUUAGAAGAUGGUCUAUAGAAUACUAAUAAGUCUGUACAGGAGCUGAAUGAAAAAAACUGUGGAGCAUCCACAGCCUUCAAUGUGCAUAAGUGUGAGUAAAUCUCAGACUCAAAAUGUCAGCUUCAUUUUUCCUGUGGCUACUCUAAUGAAAAGCUAACACAGUUGUGUUCAUUGGAAUGUCAUAUGUUUGGUUGGAAUCUCCGUUACGAGUUCUGGAAUGAAACAGAAAGGAGGUGGAUGGUUGGAUGUGCUCAUCCCUUCCUGACUUCAUCAGCUGAUCUCAGGGUUGAUGAGAGAUAAAGCAAGAGUCUGCCUGAACUUCUGUCUGCCAUGGCUUUUAUCUUCCUGCCUUUUGAGCUGCCAAGACUUGUGCUUUGUUGAGUUUUCUUUUAGUUCAGAUGAAGCAUCUUGUAUCUUCUGCUUCACAGCAAAGUACUUGUUGUUCUAAAAAUCCCCAUGUGUGUGCUUUUCUUGGCCCUGAGGGGUAGUUCUCCUAUGUAGUCAGUGAAUACAGCAGGAUUCACUUAGCAGCAUGUGUUAAUGGGAAUGACCUAUUGACAGAAUAAAUUAUGUUUGAACCUAAAAUGUGGAAAAUGCACUGAUGCUUUUUAAAUGUGAUGUUUAAAGGAAAAUUGUUAACUGUAUUCAGUGUCAUAACGUUUUCAUAAGCAUCCCAGCAUCCGGAUAAUUUGACACCUCUACAACAUAUUUAUAAAUGUUUUGUGCAUUUCACUGUUGGUUUCUGCAGCUGCCUGGAAGGUCUCCAUUAGCAAAAUGCAGUUUUCUGUUUGUCUUUAUGACAUCUAGAAAAUGUAAUUGCAUAAAGUGAAAAGAAAAAGCCAUUUGUAUGGCCUGAUCAUCAUAGGUCAUGAAACAAGCACAGCCUAAUAAAGCAUUGGCAUGGAAGGCAACUUCUACUUUUCUCUCCUUGCUCCUUCAUAUGCUCAUUUGUAGAAUAGCAAAUUAAAAACAAGAACAUUAUUUAAUCCUUGCCUCUAGCAUUGUCUUUAUAUGUGCUCUGUGCAGCUUUGGUUGAGAGAAUGUGAGUCCCAAGUCCUGUGCUGACAGACUAGAAUUUUCACACGAUCAUGCGAUCCCUCUGAUGCUCACUCAGCAUCAAGCCUUUGUGUCCUGAGGGACUUAGAUUUUUCUGUCUUUCUGGAAAUGUAGGAGAAGGGUUAAAACACAGCUCUGAAAGUCCAGGGACUAAGCAGAGCAUAUUGAUCCCCUCCCAUUCACGUACACAUUUCAUGUGAGAAUGCUGACCUAGAAGCACUGAGAGUUAGUUUAUUAGUUUUGACAUUGGGAUUCGUUAGCUGUAAUUCAAUUAGAAGCACACUGAUGGAUGUGUUUGUAUGCUGGGGCUGGCAGCUGCUCUAGGUUCAGAAACUUAGAAUUCUAGUAGGAAAAUUGUUUUGUGCAGUCUUGGGUAGGAUUCGUAUUGCUAGGCUAAAAGUGACAUCGUACUUGAUUUGGUUUUUAAUAGGUUUCUCUCUGUUUCCAAUUAUGUUUCUAAUUAGAAUAAUGUCUUAUUUCCCAUGACAGUUUAAAAAUAAGGCAAAGUCUGUAAAAGAGAAGCUAUCAAGAUGAUUGAAAAAUGUUUUCCUUUUUGUUUGUUGGUUGGAAACCUUUUUCCAUCUUAGUUGGAUACACAGACCUACCAGGCUACAGGAGUAAUUUUGGUGUUUACAGGAUGUUAUGAUGCAGUAGUUGCUUUCUUCUGUCAAUGUGUCUCGGGGCUGUUUCCAUUCUCACCCCAGCACACACACCAGCCCAUAACCAGCCAGCUGUGCAUAUUCCCUUUCUAGUGGGAAGACAGAACACCUCUCCGCCUUUCUGUGUAAAUGUUGACUUUUCAGGUGUGAGGUCUGCUGUUCUGUCUUACCCUUUCCCAUCCAGGCAAAGCUCCUUCCCUUCACACCUGAGGUAGUGUCUUUUGCAGCAGCAUUGUUUCUCCUAAAAAUGUUUUUCUGCCACUUUGAGCCAAGAUUUAUGCCUCAAAGGAUGGAAGUUUGAAUAACUGACUCGGGGAGCCUGAGAGACCUAGUUGAGAACAUACUUGUAGCUUAAGUCAAAUAAAAGCUGUCUGCAGUGGAAAGAACAUGAAUGAGAUCUGGAACUGGUAUUCAGUAGUUGCUGGAACUUGGUCUUUGAGGGAAAGACAGAUCUAAAUCCACUGCAGUUGUGGAAGGGGUUCAGGCAGUCUGGGAUUGAGCCUACAUCCCAAGCUGUCUCCAUGGCUGCCAGCUCUGGGGUCUUAGAUUCGACAGCAGUGAACUUACCUCGCUAUGCGUAAUUUGUCAUGGCUGAGUGCAACUGCCACAAGACCCUGCCCAUGUUUUUCAGGAGCAUGACUGAAGUCAAGCCUCCGUGUGUGGUAUGCUGCUGCCAUGUGUGUAAUUACCUUUGGAGGGAUGGGAGAAAGGUUGGGAGCUCAGGGAUAUGAGAAGGGAUGGCAUUCCCUUUCUGCUAAGUACCUCUGACAUCCUGCAGUGAUAGAGGAGGUUAGGACUGUGCCAGAGGUGUGGUGCUUGCAAGGAAAAUCUGUGAUUGCAGAUAAAUAUAUAUUUGCAGGGUCAGAGUGGUGCUGUGCUUCGUAACAUCAGACACAAGGUUGAGAAUACGUGGCAAGUCAUGUGUUCUGACUCUCAGCCCCUGGAGAGGGUUGUCUGUCAUAGAAGGCUCAGGACCACAGCUAUGGGUGUUACUUUGUGUAACGGCUCAUUUUGUAAUAAUGGGUAUACAGCAUGGCCCAAACAGAGAAGAAAGGUGGACUGCUCCGGAAAUCUUCAGCCUCCAAGAAGCCAUUGAAAGAGAAAGUUGUGUUGAUGUAUGAUGAGAUUUUUACGACAGAGGACCCCAGUAAAUGCAACCCUCGGUUUUGGGAGGAGCUAUUUCUCAUGAAGGUCAACCUGGAGUAUCUGGAAGGCAAGCUGGAGGCUUUGGAUGGGGAAGAGUUAAUGAAGAUAAAAGAUAACAUCAACUGCUUGUUUCAGCACUGCAUCCAGGCCCUGGGUGAGGAGCACCCAAUCAGAGUGGUCAAUGCAUUACAGACUUUGUGUGCAUUAAUUCGGGGUGUCCAUCAGAAGAACAAAUCCACUUCUGGCUUUGACAUCAUCAACAUGCUUGUGGGUUUUGAUAAGGCAGAGCUAUGUAUGAAGAAUCUGAUGGAGAGCUUGGACUCACUCCUUUGUGCUGAAGGUUCUGAAAGUCUCAAAAGCUUGUGUCUGAAGCUACUUCUCUGCUUGGUGACUGUGACGGAUAACAUUAGUCAGAACACCAUCCUGGAGUAUGUGAUGAUUAACAGCAUAUUUGAAGCUAUUUUACAGAUCCUGUCCAGCCCACUGAGUCGCAGGGAACAUGGCUAUGAUGCUGUUGUCCUUCUGGCCUUGCUGGUCAACUACAGAAAGUAUGAGUCAGUGAAUCCCUACAUUGUGAAGCUCUCCAUCGUGGAUGAUGAGGCCACGCUCAAUGGAAUGGGACUUGUAAUUGCCCAGGCUUUAUCGGAAUAUAACAGGCAAUACAAAGAUAAGGAAGAGGAGCAUCAGACUGGUUUCUUCUCAGCCCUAACUAAUAUGGUGGGCAGCAUGUUCAUAGCAGAUGCUGAUGAGAAGAUCUCGGUCCAAACGAAUGAAGCAAUCCUUCUGGCCCUCUAUGAAGCUGUUCACUUAAACCGGAAUUUCAUCACAGUUCUGGCACAGAGCCAUCCUGAAAUGGGCCUGAUGACAACACCAACAAGCCCAAUUCCAAUGACACCCGUCACUCCACUUGGAACCACCCCGCCUUCUUCAGAUGUUAUAAGCUCUGCAGAGCUACCUUUGGAUGCUGAUGUGCAAACCAGCAACCUGCUGAUAACCUUCUUGAAGUACAGCUCAAUUGUGAUGCAGGACACAAAAGAUGAGCACCGGCUGCACAGUGGCAAGCUGUGCCUGAUCAUCCUGACAUGCAUAGCAGAGGAUCAGUAUGCUAAUGCUUUUCUUCAUGAUGACAACAUGAAUUUUCGUGUAAACCUACAUAGAAUGCCGAUGAGACAUCGUAAGAAAGCAGCAGACAAGAACCUGCCCUGCCGCCCGCUGGUGUGUGCUGUGCUCGAUUUGAUGGUGGAAUUCAUUGUAACACACAUGAUGAAAGAAUUUCCUAUGGAUCUCUAUGUACGGUGCAUUCAGAUUGUGCACAAGCUGCUGUGCUACCAGAAGAAAUGCAGAGUGAGACUUCAUUACACCUGGAGGGAGCUCUGGUCAGCCUUGAUCAACUUGUUAAAGUUCCUCAUGUCUAAUGAGACUGUGUUACUGGCCAAGCACAACAUCUUCACCCUUGCUCUUAUGGUUGUGAACCUAUUCAACAUGUUCAUCACUUACGGAGACACCUUCCUCCCCACUCCCAGCAGCUAUGAUGAGCUGUAUUAUGAAAUCAUUCGGAUGCAUCAGAAUUUUGACAACCUUUAUUCCAUGGUUCUAAGGCUGUCUACCAAUGCUGGUCAGUGGAAAGAGCCUGCAAGCAAGGUGACCCAUGCAUUAGUCAAUAUUAGAGCCAUCAUCAAUCACUUCAACCCGAAGAUCGAGUCUUACGCUGCAGUGAAUCACAUAUCACAGCUCUCCGAGGAUCAGGUUUUGGAAGUGGUGCGGUCCAACUACGACACGCUGACCCUGAAACUGCAGGACGGACUGGACCAGUAUGAGCGCUACUCAGAGCAGCAUAAAGAGGCUGCCUUCUUCAAAGAGCUGGUUCGGUCCAUCAGCAUCAACGUGAGGAAGAACCUUGCUUUCAACACGCUGAGCCAGGAACUGCUGCUGAAGGAAUUCUCUACAAUCUCCUGAGGCGGGGACGCUGCUGCUGUGCCAGGCAGAGAUGGGCCUGUGUGGGCAGGGACACUGCAGCUCUGCAGCCGGUCACCCCCUGCCUUCCGCCUGCAGAAGGGAUUGUGUUUCUUUUAGGAGAAAGCCUUGCUGCUGUGUGUUUGAUCCCAAUGGAAUGUGUUUCAACAGAACUUGGGCUGAGGAGUGGUGAUUGGCGUGUUGAGGAGGAAGCAAUUUUUUAAGGUGACAUGGGAGUGGGGAGCCGUUCCUGUGACACAGCAAUGGGAGAUUCCCUCCACAGGCUCAGGGAAGAUGCACUGGAAGAGCUGGGGAGAGCUCACAACCAAAAUAAUAAAACCAGCCUAGCUGUGUGAAACUGUUCUGGGUUGAGAUCGCUCACCUGCUCUAUGGGGAAAGCUCUCUGAUCCCAGGUGUGGGCUGUUCUUUUCCAUCAGCCUGUAUGGAAUCAACAGUAAUGAUAUAAUCAACUGCCCUCCUGUAAUGUAAGUCAAAUCUGCUGCCAUCCCAUUGGCAAUGGCUUUGGAGUAUAAAAAUUUCCCCAAGGAGCAGGCCCUUCACUUCAACCAAGCCAUCGGAUUACUGGAACAGGGGAAAGUUUGCCUCCAAGGCUGUUGGCUUACACGGUCCAGGCUGAGCCAAUAUGCAAGAACAUGGGUCAUCAAACAGAGCACUUUGUUACUGGAACUAGCUCUGCUUGGGGUCACUGUUGCUUCCAGUAGUCCCAGCUCAUCUGCUGUUUCCAAGGUUGAGGGACAUUUUUAGAUGCUUGGUUUUCAUGGGGCAGAGGACAGGCUGACUCCUUCUCCCCACUCACCUUAUUGCCCAUCAGAGACCGCACUGCGACAAUCCUCCUCUCCCUCACAGGAACGUCUGCCUUGCACAUGUUUGCAGGUACCUGGUGACCUUCAUGAACGAAGAAGUCCCCAUUUUUUCCCUUGUGUGUAACACACAGUUAAAAUGCAGCUGGAGAAGUAGUAACUUCGCUUUCUCACUUGCCCUCCUGUCUUCACCAAGCGACUUACAGCCACAGUCUGCUGAGGACUUCCUAAGGAAGAGCGCUGGGAUGAUCCUGUGGGGCACACCAGACCUUUCUGCUCCAGAGCCGGUGUUUCAGAGGUGCUUAGGCCUGGCAGAGCCUGUUUAGAGUGCUGUGUCAGGCUUCUAGCUCAGGAAUACACAGCACAUACACCCGUUCCUUGCUUGUGUGUUUUCUGCUCCCGGCAGUGCUGUUAGGAUCUGGCCUGACUUGGUGGACUGAAGCAGAGAAGUUAUUUACGUCCCAGAUCCACUUUUUUUUUUUUCUCCCUCUAGAAAACAGGUUUUUUUUAAAAAGUGCCUAGUCCUGCUCUUAGCCUUGUAGGUUAGUGUGAGUAAUAUGGAUGUCAUGCUCAUUUACUACCAUUUUUAGGCAAGGCUUAUUCACACUAAUGUGCGUUAAUUGUGUUAAUGUUUCAUCUUUACCUGCUAUGAGCAUGGGUAACUGAAAGCUGUGUCCUUGGCCACCCACUGGGCAUGACACCCUAUGAAGUCCCUAUAUUUUCCUUGGGAGCACUGGUUUCUUUCAGCAGAAGAUACUAUGCCUCAGCAGGGAAUUGUCUGGCUUUUAACAGCUAAGCCAGACACUUAUUUGCUUUCUGCCAUGCGAGUGUGUGGAAGUGUGUACAUGUCAGAGGGACAUUGCUUGGGAGAGCAAGCAGGCUCCAUAAAAUCACUGCUUGGGAACAGGCCAGGGCAUGUAGAGGAGGCAGCUUCUCCAGUGAAAAAUGAGUAACAGUUGUUUGCAGCACAUGAUGCUUAUCUGUCUGCGUGUGGGGGAUCUCACCUCUGAGGGUGGGAGUUCCUUCUCAAGGGGACUGGAGGUGCAGCCCCAGCAUCUCGACUGUCAGAGCAUUGAGUCAUCUAGCUGUCUACAUGCCUCCUGUUCUCUGAUCCCAGUUAGGCUGAGCCUAGUCAGAUCCUUGAGAGAGUUGGGAUGAGUCUGCUUUUGCCUCGGCAACCUCUGGAAUUUUUAGCUUCUCAGUCUGGGCUCAGCUAUUAGAAGUCUUGUCUCCCUCAGGACGCUUCCUUGUUGGGAUGAUUAUAGAAGCCCAGGCUGUGACCAAGAUCUGCUCCUGAGCUCAGCCCUCAUCCAAGUCUCUAAGCUGGGGAAGACUGUGACACACAUCCUCUUGCCAUGCUGUCACCAAACCAAGCACUGUAAAUGGAUGUACAUACAAACCUAGAGCUCAAUAAAUAGCAGAGCCCUGACUGUC